AUGGCUCACUUUCCUGCACCAGAACACAUCCUUUCGCUCUCCACUGUCUGCGUCGGUGUUGGGCCGGGUGGAACGACGUCUAUGGUCGCGCGCAUCGUAGUGGUCAAUUUUCAGGGCGAGACUAUACUGGAUAAGUUUGUUGCACCAACGGUUCCAGUUGUGGACUAUCGGGCAGCCCAAACUGGGAUCACUGCUUGGCAUCUUUCCUCCAAGGAUCCGAUCCCCUUCAACGUCUUGCAAAGCACUUUGGCCAAGCUGUUCCGUGGCAAAAUCGUGGUUGGGCAUUCUAUAUGGGAACAUCUCUCGGGUUCUCUCAUAUGCCUUCUCGCUAUUCUGUCCGUCAUUUACAUGUACUUCCAGUGCUCGGUAUUCCGCAUCCUGCUGUGGCUACGCGGGAUGUCGCUCUGUAUCAGGCUCAUCCGUCUUCUUCUUUCGCAGCCGUUCCGAAACGCGCUCCGUACCCCCAAUCAGGUAAUCGGCUUACAGACGCUUUGCUGGCAACUCAUGCGACGGCGCUGUGGAGAGGGACUAAUUGACCCAGCGGAGAAUGCGCGUGCCGGGAUGGAUCUGUACCGUUCUCAUGCUCCGGAAUGGGAGGCUUCGAUAGCGAGAGGAAACUGGCCGUGCUCUCUGCCUCCCCCCACAUACUCCAGGUGUUACUUGUAG